AUGAUUUUUCCUUACAAGCAUGUCUUGCUCGUUGGAGCAACCUCAGGAAUCGGCAGAGGAAUGGCAGACCGUCUGAUCGAAGCUGGAAUCAAAGUAACAGCAGUCGGACGACGAAAGGAUCGUCUGGAUGAAUUUGUCCAGAAGCAUACAGAGAGCAUGGCUCAGAGAUUGGUUUUCGAUGUGGGUGACAUUGACAAGGCUUCUCAAUUUGCCGCCAACACGAUGAAUCAGUAUCCAGAAAUUGACUGUAUCUUCCUCAAUGCCGGUACUCAGCGAUUCUAUGAUCUCACCGAUCAUGAAGAUUUUGACGUGAAGAAAUUCCAAGAGGAGAUGAACAUCAAUUUCAUGAGCUUUGUUGCUUUGACCCAGGCGUUUCUCCCAUUCAUGAUGUCCAAAAAGUCAAGUUUUAUAUUUACCACUUCACUUUUGUCUAUAAUCCCUCUUAGCACCAUCCCCGCAUAUUCCGCAUCAAAGGCUGCUCUGAGCGCAUUCAUUCUUUGUCUGAGAGAGCAAUUGAGGAGAAGCACCAUUAAAGUGAUCGAAUUGUCUCCCCCUCUUGUGCAAACGGAGCUCAAUGGACCAGUGGGUAUGCCGUUAGAGCAAUACGUAGAGGAGACCUGGAAAGGAUUGGAGAGUGGAAGUGACCAGAUCGUUGGGGGUACUCUUGGGGACCCUGGAGUUUUUCAGGACCUUGUUGGCAAUCGUCGCAAGAUAUUUGAGGAGUAUGCGAAAAGUUGGCACUAA